AUGAAGUAUCUUUUGUACCUAGUGCAGAGUCACACAAAUUUCAGGCUGGCUGAGCUCGAAUCUGUUGCAGAUUUACAUGGUAUAUCGGUUGAUUUGAGCCAUCAUCGGGAGGAUAGUCCCUAUCUGAUAGUGGAAUUGGCCAACGAAGAUGAGGCUCGGAAACUAAUCGAGAGGUGUAUUCUAGCUCGUGGGAUCUAUGAGUAUUGGGGUGAAGGAGAGGAUUACGACGAGUUACACAAUAGUAUACAAAAUGGCGAUCAUUUUAAUGAGUUGAAACAACGGUACCAAAAUGAUACAUUUAAGUUCGAAUUUGAGUGUUACCGUGGUAAUAGCAAGGCUAAUAGAGUAUCUCAGAUUGAGAGUUUUGGGUACCUAGAGUUUAAAGGUAAGAUCAACAUGAAGAAGCCGCAGCAGGUCUAUACGGUGCUGGAAGAAUAUGUACCUAUAUCUGACAACGUUUCAUCUACAGUUCCGAUCAAAAUAAGAUUUGGAAGAUUGAUACAUUACAGUGAUAGAGCUGCAAUGGAGAAAUAUGACUUGAAAAAGAGGCCAUAUAAAGGCACAACUAGUUUUGAAGCCGAGCUAUCUUUGGUAAGUUGUAAUAUCGCUCAAGUUAAACCAGGAACGAUAAUGUAUGAUCCUUUUGCUGGAACAGGAUCAUUUCUUACUGCAGGGGGACACUACGGUGCACUCGUAGUUGGCUCUGAUAUAGACGGUAGAAUGAUCAGAGGUCAUGGGGCCGCUCAAAAUAUAUCAGCAAACUUCAAGAAAUAUAACGAAGCCGAUAAGUUCUUAGAUGUUCUCACUAUGGACUUCACUCACAAUGCUUUCAGGAAAAGUUUGAAGAUAGAUACAAUAGUUUGCGAUCCACCAUAUGGUAUCAGAGAGAGUAUUAAAGUUUUGGGUGCUAGAGAUCCAGAAAGAUUUGCUGGUAAGGAAAAUGUGGAGAUAGAUGGUGUUAAAGCAUACCUGCGAAAGGAUUACAUACCAAGUAAGAAGCCUUACGCCCUUGAUUCUUUGUUAGAUGAUCUACUACAAUACUCCGCUGAAAGAUUACCAAUUGGAGGAAGACUUGCAUUCUGGAUGCCUACCGCUAAUGAUGAAAACAUAGAGACCAUUAUCCCAUUGCAUGAAAACUUGGAAUUGAAAUAUAAUCUUGUUCAAGACUUUAAUAAAUGGUCAAGAAGACUAUUAGUGUACAUUAACCGUGGACCCGAGUAUCAUGGUGUUGAUAAUGGUGGUAUCAAAAGAUCACAACAUAACUUUAGAGAAAGGUAUUUUAAGAACUUCCGCCCAGUUUAG